AUGCUCCAUAGCAUGGGUGUUGGCCGGAGAAAGUUGGCCCCAUUCUGGGUCCUAGCCUUGGCCUUGGCCUUCAACCAACACACAGGUCAGGCCCUCCAGGACACUCAGAAAUCUCACCUUGAACACUACUCUGACUUAUCUCAACCUCAAGAGCAUGUUGGUACCCCACUCAAUAGAGUGACCAUCAUCCCACCUCUGAAGACCAUUCCUGUGGUACGAGCCUUCAACCCAGCACAUACCAGGCGGGUGUGCAGCACAUGGGGCAACUUCCACUACAAGACCUUUGAUGGACAGGUCUUCUACUUCCCUGGUCUGUGCAACUAUGUGUUCUCGGAACACUGUGGGGCUGCCUACGAGGACUUCAACAUCCAGCUCCGCCGUGGCCUGGAGUCUAAUUCCACCACGCUGAGCAGGGUCAUCAUGAAGCUUGAUGGCCUAGUUGUUGAGCUGACCAAGAGCUCCGUCUUAGUCAAUAACCACCCGGUCCAGCUGCCCUUCAGCCAGUCUGGGGUCCUCAUUGAGCUCAGCAAUGGCUACCUGAAGGUGGUGGCCAGGUUGGGGCUGGUCUUCAUGUGGAAUGAUGACGAUAGUCUUCUGCUGGAGUUGGACACCAAAUAUGCCAACAAGACUUGUGGUCUCUGUGGAGACUUCAACGGCAGUCCAGAAUCCAGCGAGUUUCUCUCCCACAAUGUUAGGCUGACACCCCUUGAGUUUGGGAACUUUCAGAAGAUGGAUGGCCCCACAGAGCAGUGCCAGGACCCUCUCCCCGUGCCCCAGAAGAACUGCUCCAUCAGAUCUGGCAUCUGUGAAGAGAUCCUGAAAGGUCAGCUGUUCUCAAACUGUGCGGCCCUGGUGGACAUCGGCAGCUACCUGGAGGCUUGCCAGCAGGACCUCUGUCUCUGUGAGAGCUCUGACCCGUCUAACUGCAUCUGCCAUACCCUGGCUGAGUACUCUCGGCAGUGUGCACAUGCCGGAGGACAGCCCCAGAACUGGCGGGGUCCCAACCUCUGCCCUCAGACCUGUCUCCUCAACAUGGAGUACCAGGAAUGUGGCUCACCCUGUGUAGACACCUGCUCCAACCCCCAGCAUUCCCAGGUCUGUGAGGACCACUGUGUUGCUGGCUGCUUCUGUCCUGAGGGUAUGGUGCUUGAUGACAUUAACCAGACGGGCUGUGUCCCUGCGUCCCAGUGUGCUUGCCUGUACAAUGGGACAUUGUAUGCACCGGGUACCAGUUAUUCUACUGACUGCACCAAGUGCACGUGCUCUGGAGGUCAGUGGAGCUGCCAGGAAGUCCCAUGCUCUGGUACCUGUUCAGUAAUGGGAGGCUCCCACAUCUCCACGUUUGAUGAAAGACAGUACACAGUACAUGGGGACUGCAGCUACGUGCUGUGCAAGCCCUAUGACAGCAAUGCCUUCACUGUGCUGGCUGAGCUGCGGAAGUGUGGACUGACUGAGAGCGAGACUUGUCUGAAGACUGUGACGUUGAACCUGGGUGGGGGGAAGACGGUGAUCACAGUGAAAGCCACUGGAGAGGUCUUUGUGAACCAGAUCUAUACCCAGCUGCCGGUAUCCACAGCCAAUGCUACCUUCUUCCGGCCUUCAACCUUCUUCAUCAUUGGCCAGACCAACCUGGGUUUGCAGCUUGAGAUCCAGCUGCAUCCCAUUAUGCAGGUGUCCGUGCGUAUAGCACCCGAGUUCAGGGGGCUAACCUCCGGGCUCUGUGGUAAUUUCAACAGUAUGCAGGCCGAUGACUUCCAGACCAUCAGUGGGGUUGUGGAGGGCACAGCAGCUGCUUUCUUCAACACCUUCAAGACUCAGGCGGCUUGUCCCAAUGUUAAGAAUAUCUUUGAGGACCCCUGCUCGCUCAGCGUGGAGAAUGAAAAGUAUGCUCAGCACUGGUGUUCUCAGCUGACUGAUGCCAAUGGCCCAUUUUCCCAGUGCCAUGCCACAGUGAAUCCCAGCACCUUCUUCUCGAACUGCAUGUUUGACACGUGCAACUGUGAGAAGAGCGAGGACUGCAUGUGUGCCGCCCUGUCCUCCUACGUGCGUGCCUGUGCUGCCAAAGGCGUGCUGCUCAGUGACUGGAGGGGUGGCAUAUGCACAAAACCUACAAUUACCUGUCCCAAGUCCAUGACCUAUCAAUACCAUAUCAGCACCUGCCAGCCCACCUGCCGGUCUCUGAGUGAGGAAGAUGUCACCUGCCAUGUCAACUUCAUCCCUGUGGAUGGCUGCACCUGCCCCAAAGGCACCUUCUUGGAUGAUUCGGGCAAAUGUGUACAGGCCACUAGCUGUCCUUGCUAUUACAAGGGAUCCCCAGUUCCCAAUGGCGAGUCUGUGCAUGACAACGGGGCCGUUUGCACCUGCACCCGAGGAGCACUAACUUGUAUUGGAGGGCCUGCCCUGAUUCCAGUCUGUGAUGCUCCCAUGAUCUAUUUUGACUGUCGUAAUGCCACACCUGGUGACACUGGAGCUGGAUGUCAGAAGAGCUGUCAUACCCUCGAUAUGACCUGCUACAGCUCCGAGUGUGUGCCUGGCUGUGUGUGCCCGAACGGGCUGGUGGCAGAUGGCAAUGGAAGCUGUGUUGUUGCUGAGGACUGCCCUUGUGUGCACAAUGAGGCCACCUACAGGCCUGGGGAGACCAUCCAAGUGGGCUGCAACAACUGCACCUGUGAGAACAGGAUGUGGCAGUGCACAGACAAGCCUUGCCUGGCCACCUGUGCUGUGUACGGGGACGGCCACUAUAUCACUUUUGAUGGGCAGCGCUACAGUUUCAGUGGGGACUGCGAGUACACACUGCUGCAGGAUAACUGUGGUGGGAACGGCAGCUCCCAGGAUGCCUUUCGUGUUGUCACUGAGAACAUCCCCUGUGGUACUACAGGGACUACGUGCUCAAAGGGAAUCAAGAUCUUCCUGGGGAACUAUGAGCUGAAAUUGAGUGACAGCAAGAUGGAGGUGGUCCAGAAGGGUGUGGGGCAGGAGCCCCCCUACUUCGUCCAUCAGAUGGGCAACUACCUGGUGGUGGAAACCGACAUUGGCCUGGUGCUUUUGUGGGACAAGAAGACCAGCAUCUUCCUCAGACUCAGCCCUGAGUUCAAGGGCAAGGUCUGUGGCCUGUGUGGGAACUUUGACGACAACGCCAUCAAUGACUUCACCACACGCAGCCAGUCUGUGGUCAGUGACAUGCUGGAGUUUGGAAAUAGCUGGAAGUUGUCUCCGUCCUGCCCGGAUGCCUCGGUGUCCAAGGAUCCCUGCACUGCCAACCCUUACCGCAAGUCCUGGGCCCAAAAGCAGUGCAGCAUCAUCAACAGCGCAACCUUCUCUGCCUGCCAUGCUCAUGUGGAGCCGGCCAAGUACUAUGAAGCCUGUGUGAGUGACGCCUGUGCCUGUGACUCAGGGGGUGACUGCGAGUGCUUCUGCACUGCUGUGGCCGCCUAUGCCCAGGCCUGCCAUGAAGUGGGAGUGUGUGUGUCCUGGAGGACUCCAGACAUCUGUCCACUGUUCUGUGACUACUACAACCCAGAGGGUCAGUGUGAGUGGCACUACCAGCCGUGUGGGGCCCCCUGCAUGCGUACCUGCCAGAACCCUACUGGACAGUGCCUACAAGAUCUCCGUGGCCUGGAAGGCUGCUACCCCAAGUGCCCACCAACAGCCCCCAUCUUUGAUGAGGGCACUAUGCAGUGUGUAUCCAACUGUACAGUCAGCCCCUCACCCUGCCGUGUCAAUGGGAAGUUGUACCGACCAGGUACAUCGAUACCUUCAGACGAAAACUGUUAUUCCUGCGUUUGUACGGAGAGUGGUGUGAACUGUACCCAUGAUGCUGGUGCCUGUGUUUGUACCUACAAUGGGCAACGGUACCAUCCUGGGGACACCAUCUACCACACGACAGAUGGCAUGGGAGGUUGUAUCUCUGCACACUGCAGGGACAAUGGCACCAUUGAGAGGAUCGUUGACACCUGCAGUUCCACCAGCCCCCCACCCCCCACCACUUUCUCCUUCUCCACACCGCCGGUCAUGACCUCACUGCAACCCUCCAGCACACAUUCCAGCCCUACCCCGAGCGUAGUGUACCCGGGGUCCCCAAGCAAGGCCGUGUCGAAAGCCAGCAGCAUAUCGUCUGUGAAGACCCCUGAAACAACCUCUGUCUUGACUACAUCUACUUCAGCCUCCACCUUAACCAUGCCAGCUUGCCAAGAGGAGUGCCUCUGGUCUCCCUGGAUGGAUAUCAGCCAUCCUGGACGUGGCAUUGACAGUGGUGACUUUGACACUCUGGAGAACCUCCGUGCCCAUGGCUACCAGAUCUGCCCAGUGCCAAAAGCAGUGGAAUGCCGUGCUGAGGAUAACCCUGGGGUGCCUUUCCAUGCACUACAGCAGCAUGUGGAGUGUAGCACAACUGUAGGGCUGAUCUGUUACAACAGUGACCAAGUGUCAGGGCUCUGUGACAACUACCAGAUCAAAAUCCAAUGCUGUACCCCCAUCAACUGUCCAACCUCCACUGGUCCUACCCAGACCACCCAUUUGAUAGUCUCCAGGACAACUACCAUGGAGGACACAACCUCCUCAGUCCCUGUCACCUCAACUGAGCACACAUAUAGCACAGUUGCCUCAGGUCCUUCUACCCAUACCGCAGGUCCUUCUCCCUCUUCCUCCGUACCUUCUUCAUCAGCUCCAGCUCGAUCGACUCCUACUCCAGUCAGUUCUACCACUGUUAAAACAACUCUGCCCACCACAAGCCCAAUGCCAGAGCCAACUCCAGCCACAUCGUCUGUGUCCAUCUCAACCUUAGGGUCCACCCUGGCCUCCCCUGAGAUAACUCAUGGGUGCAGAAAGGAGCUUUGCAAUUGGACUGAUUGGAUAGAUGGCAGCUACCCUGGGCCUGGCAGAAGCAGUGGCGAUUUUGACACCUUUGGAAACCUGAGAGCCAAAGGAUACAAGUUCUGUGAGAAGCCACAGAAUGUUGAGUGCAGGGCUCAGUUCUUUCCCAACACACCACUGCAAGAGCUGGGACAGGAUGUGACCUGUAGCCGAGAAGUGGGUUUGAUCUGUUUGAACAAGAACCAGCUGCCACCCAUUUGCUACAACUAUGAGAUCCGGAUAGAAUGCUGCACCAUAGUAAACAUCUGUUCCACAACUUCAGCUACCACACAUCCCACCUCACAUGGAGUCAGCAUAAAAACAAAGACGAACUGGAUCACAAACACAUAUUCCUUUUCCACCGAGAAUACCAGUGGUCACUCAACAGUCGUAAACACCAAGACCUGGGUCACAGGUAGUCCACACACAACCCCUCAACCAGGAACAAGGCCGACACCCAGCACAGUGUCCACCCGGGACACCAUCACCAGCUCUGUACAGACAGACAAUACCACCUCCACAUCCCACACCAGCUCACCAAAUACAGGAAGAGUCAGCACCACCCACAGAACCCACACCAGCUCACCGCCCAUAGGAGAAAGCAGCACCAUUUCUACCACGGAUAUCAGAACCAGCUCUACACAGAUGGCCCACACAACAUCCGUGGGGAAAACCAGCACGAUCUCUGUUCCUGGAACCAGCACCACCUCCAUUCCUACCAGCACCACGGGUUCCAGCUCUCAUUUUGAGGUGACUCGUUCCCCAGUGACUGCCCACUGCCAGCCACAGUGCAACUGGACCAAGUGGCUUGACACUGACUUCCCAGUUCCCGGUCCACAUGGAGGGGACCUGGAAACCUAUGGCAACAUCAAGAAGAGCGGAGAGAGACUCUGUCCUUGGCCAGAGGAGAUCACACGGUUGGAAUGCAGGGCUAAGGACUACCCUGAGAGAGCGAUGGAGGAUCUGGGUCAGGUGGUGCAGUGUGACCCCAGCGUGGGCCUGGUGUGCAAGAAUAGUGACCAGGGACCCACCUUUGGUAUGUGCCUCAACUAUGAGGUGCGACUGCUUUGCUGUCACGUUCCUGAAGACUGCCUCAGGACCGAUCGGACUCCUGUGACAUCCCACAAGACCUCAUUUCCAGUUGUGUCAUCAUCAUCUGUGUCCACAUCCUCAUCUACCAGUCCUAGAGUUCACUCUACCACCCGUUGUUUCUGCACCAUGUCAGGCCAAUUAUACCCUUUGGGAACCAUCAUCUACAACCAGACAGACCUUGACGGCCACUGUUACUAUGCGAUGUGCAGCCAUGAUUGUCAGGUGGUCAAAGGGGUUAGUCAGGACUGCCCCUCCACCAUGCCACCCCGUACACCAACUCUAUCUACAUCUACCGCCCCACCUGUCACUGAGCAGGAUUGGUGCAAUGUGUUUCCUCCAAGACUGAAAGGGGAGACCUGGCCCAUGCCUAAUUGUUCCCAAGCCACAUGUGAGGGCAACAAUGUUGUCUCUCUGAGCCCACGCCAGUGUCCAGAGGUGAAGGAGCCAUCUUGUGCCAAUGGCUAUCCACCUCUGAAGGUGGAUGACCAGGACGGUUGCUGCCAGCACUACCAGUGCCAGUGUGUUUGCAGCGGCUGGGGUGACCCCCACUACAUCACAUUUGACGGCACCUACUACACUUUUCUGGAUAAUUGCACAUACGUGCUGGUGCAGCAGAUUGUGCCUGUGUUUGGAUACUUCCGUGUGCUCAUUGACAACUACUACUGUGACCUGGGAGACAGUGUUUCCUGCCCACAGUCCAUCAUUGUCGAGUACCACCAGGACCGUGUGGUGCUGACCCGCAGGCCGGUUCACGGGGUCAUGACCAACCAGAUCAUCUUCAACAACAAGGUCGUGAGUCCUGGCUUCCAGCAGAAUGGCAUUGUCAUCUCCCGUGUGGGUAUCAAGAUGUAUGUCACCAUCCAAGAGAUUGGUGUCCAGGUCAUGUUUUCAGGCCUCAUCUUCUCAGUUGAGGUGCCCUUCAACUUGUUUGCCAACAACACGGAGGGCCAAUGCGGCACUUGCACCAAUGACAAAAAGGAUGAAUGCCGCCUGCCUGGGGGUUCCGUAGCCUCCUCUUGUUCUGAGAUGUCCCUCCACUGGAAGGUGCCCAACCAGCCUUCCUGCCAAGGGCCUCCACCAACACCAACUUCAAUGGUACCCAGGUCUACACCUACUCCGUGCUCACCAUCGCCACUCUGUCAGCUCAUCCUAAGCGACGUCUUCAAGCUCUGCCAUGACAUCAUCCCCCCGCUGCAGUUCUAUGAAGGCUGCUUAUUUGACUACUGUCACAUGUUGGACUUGGAGGUGGUGUGCUCAGGCCUGGAGCUCUAUGCAUCACUAUGUGCAGCCCAAGGCGUGUGUAUCCCCUGGAGAAGCUAUACCAACAACACCUGUCCAUUCACGUGCCCUGAAAACCAAGUAUACCAGCCUUGUGGUUCUUCCAACCCUCACUACUGCUACAGGAAUGAUGACAUCAGCCUAAGCUUGGCCAUUCAAGAGGCUGGUCCUAAGUCAGAGGGCUGCUUCUGUCCAGACGACAUGACACUUUUCAGUUCUAAUGACUCGAUCUGCGUGCCUUCCUGCCAAUGGUGUCUGGGGCCUCAUGGGGAACCUGUGGAGCCGGGCCACACCAUCAGCAUCAACUGCCAGGACUGCAUCUGUAAGGAGGGCAUGCUGACCUGCCGAGAGAAGUUAUGCCCCCAGCCCACCUGUCCAGAACCCGGCUUUGUGCCAGUGUCUGUAGCCCUGGAGGCUGGCCAGUGUUGUUCCCAGUUCAGCUGUGUCUGCAACUCUAGCCACUGCCCUCCUCCUUUGCACUGCCCGGAGGGUUCUAGCCUGAUAGUCACAUAUGAGGAGGGAACUUGCUGCCCAAGCCAGAACUGCAUCAAUCAGAAGGGCUGUGACGUCAACGGGACUCUCUACCAGCCUGGUGAGGUGGUCUCCUCCAGCCUAUGUGAAAGAUGCCUCUGUGAAGUUUCCAGCAAUGCCUUUUCCGAUGGCUUUGUAGUCAGCUGUGAGAUUGAGCUCUGUAACACCCAAUGUCCUAAGGGCUCUGAGUACCAGCCGACUCCAGGGCAGUGCUGUGGCCAGUGCGUACCGAAGACCUGCCCCUUUAAAAACAGCAAUAACUCCACUUCCCUCUACAAGCCUGGUGAGUUCUGGCCAGAACCUGGGAACCCAUGUGUGACUCAUAAGUGUGAGAAAUUCCAAGAUGUACUCACGGUGGUGACAAUGAAGAUAGAGUGUCCCAAGAUGAACUGUUCACAAGACCAGGCUCAGCUGAGAGAAGACGGAUGCUGCUAUGACUGUCUCAUACCCCAUCAGAAAUGUACAGUGCACCAAAGACAGCAGAUCAUCCGUCAGCAAAACUGCAGCUCUGAGGGCCCAGUGAGCCUCUCCUACUGCCAGGGCAAUUGUGGGGACAGCACCUCCAUGUACUCUCUGGAGGCCAACACAGUGGAACACAAGUGUGAGUGUUGCCAGGAGCUGCAGACCUCGCAGAGGAAUGUGACUCUGCACUGUGAUGACGGCUCCAGUCGGACCUUCAGCUACACCCAGGUUGAGAAGUGUGGCUGCCUGGGCCAGCGGUGCCAUGCGCCAGGUGACACAAGCCACUCAGAGUCCUCAGAACAAGAGUUCAAGUCCAAGGAAAGUGAGGAACCUGGCCAGCAGUCAGCAUUCAGGGUCAGCGAGGACACCCUUGGGCCUUUCCAGUAAACCAAGCAGCACUGCCGUCCCAACCAAGAAGUCCUCCUGAGGCCAGCAGGACAUGUACUUUAGUCCAAGUGGCUUGAAUUCUACCUACCUGCUGUUUCCUCUUCAAGAGGGACCCCAGAUGUACUUGGAGGUGGGAGAGGCCCCUCUCCACUGAUUAGGAGCGUGAUGGCCACGGGCUCCUUUUGAAAGAACUUCAUUAUCACCGAAGGGUCCCAGUAAUGACAGUCACUUGAAUGACAGUCACUUGGAUGCAGGUAUCAGCUGCUUGGCCUCGCUCUCACCUCAGCCCUGCUCCUGUGUCCCCCAUCCCCAGGAAAUGACCAAUAUGUUUUAUAAAUAUACUCAAGAGCAUUUGUGGAUUCUC